GUGGGGAAGAGUGUGGGUUAUGUACUGUCUUGCCUUGUCCCCUCCACCCAACACCAAACCCUCUCUCUCUCUAAAACCCUUUCUCGCUCAUAGCAAUAGGAAGAGCAUCCAUCCGUCCUUAGUUCCUCCCACUGUCACACAUUUGCCUUUUUCCUCAUUUAUUUAUCUAAAUUGCCCAAAGAAAAAAUGGGAAAAGAUCCUGAAUGUGGUGGUGGUGGUGGGGUUUUUGCCUGGUUCUGGUUCUGGCCUGGGGUUUGGCUUUACCUCCUCUCAUGACUGUGUUUCCUAAGCAAUUGUCUAUUUCUCCUGUUGCUGGCUGCUGAUUCUACUACUACUGCUUCUGCUUUUAUCAGUAAAAAUGGUGGAGAAGGAGGAAGAAUCCUACUUUGAAUUCCUUGUUAUCAUUUAGAGUCUUUUCUCCUUUCAUCAUCUCUCCCAUUUUCCUCUCUUCUCUCCUUCUCAGAAUCAAGCUUUGUUUGUGUCUGCCUCCGCCUGCAGGCACGCCAUUUCUCCCACAAAAACAAGAGGUAAAAAAUAGAAAACAGUAAUGAAAAAUAAAGGAUGACCCUUCCCUUUCUUGUUCCUUUCUUUUCAUCUUCUUCUCCAACACCACUGUUUUAGCCUUUUCCCAUUCCCUCCCUCAAUUGCUUCCCCCCCAUGAUUUGACCCUCAUUUCCCACAAUUCUCUCUUUCCCUUUCCCCCCUUUCUUUCUUCAUUGCUGGGAUUGAAACCCUCUUUUCCCUUCUCUAAUUCCCUUCUGUUAGGAUGGUUGCUAUGCGGUUGAUACAGUUCAAGUUCUGAACUUUGUUUUUAACCCUCUUUCCAAUAAACAGUAAAGUCCUUUUUUUUUUUGCUCUUGGAGAAUUUCUCUGUUCUUUUAGAACACUGGCACAGGAGGGUGUUCCAUGGAAAUUGAUCUGAACCAUGCAGUGACUGAGGUGGAGAAGUAUGCGUUCCAUACUACUGCUGCUGCUGACAAGAACAAGAAGAAGACCAACAGUAUCAACAAUGGGAAUUCUUCAUCUUCGUCAUGUUCCUCCAAAAAUUCAUCUGACUCCCCAAUGGCAUCUACCAUUUACCUGGAACUGUGGCACGCCUGCGCUGGCCCUCUCACUUGUCUCCCAAAGAAAGGGAAUGUGGUUGUGUACUUCCCUCAGGGUCAUUUGGAGCAGCUUGCUUCUUCCCCUCUUUACUCCCAUGUGGAAAUGCGCUCCGCCUUUGGUCUUCAUCCCCAAAUCUUCUGCAAAGUUGUGAAUGUUCACCUACUUGCCAAUAAGGAGAAUGAUGAGGUCUACACUCAGCUUAGCUUGCUUCCUUUGCCAGAGAUGGUGGGUGGAAAGUUAGAAAGUAAAGAACUUGAAGGGUUAGGAGUGGAUGGUGAUGGUGGUGGAGAUUCCCCUCCAAGAUCAACUCCUCAUAUGUUUUGUAAGACACUCACAGCUUCUGAUACUAGCACCCAUGGAGGUUUUUCUGUUCCUCGUAGAGCUGCUGAGGACUGUUUUCCUCCUUUGGAUUACAACCAGCAAAGACCUUCACAAGAGCUCGUGGCCAAGGAUCUUCAUGGAGUGGAGUGGAGAUUUCGACAUAUUUAUAGAGGUCAACCAAGAAGGCAUCUGCUCACUACUGGAUGGAGCAUUUUUGUGAGUCAAAAGAACCUUGUUUCUGGGGACGCUGUCCUAUUUCUGAGGGGUGAGGAUGGUGAGUUGAGGCUUGGCAUCCGAAGGGCUAUUCGACCUAGAAAUGGCAUUCCUGAUGCAGUCUUCAAGAAGCAGAAUUCUUACCCCAAUGUUCUUUCCUUAGUGGCUAAUGCAACAUCCACCAAGAGCAUAUUCAAUGUUAUUUACAGUCCAAGGGCCAGUCAUUCUGAGUUUGUUGUGCCUUACCAGAAGUAUAUGAAAAGCAUAACAAACCCAGUUUGUCCAGGAACAAGAUUCAGAAUGAGAUUUGAAAUGGAUGAUUCUCCAGAAAGAAGGUGUAGUGGAGUGGUAACAGGAGUCAGUGAUUUCGAUCCUUACAGAUGGCCCAAUUCGGAAUGGAAGUGCUUCAUGGUCAGGUGGGAUGAAAAUGUGGUUCCCAACCAUCAAGAUCGUGUUUCACCCUGGGAAAUUGAUCCUUCCGUGUCCCUUCCACCGUUAACCAUUCAACCUUCUUCAAGGCUGAAGAAACUACGAACCGGUCUGCAUCCAAUCCCACCCGAUAACCCUGGACCCGGAGGGAGCGGGUGCCUCGACUUUGAGGAGUCAAUCAUAAGACCCUCUAAGGUCUUGCAAGGUCAAGAAAAUGUUGGUUUUGUUGUCUCAUCACCUCUGUUUGGACGUGAGACAACGAACCACCGUCCACCAUCGGACUUUGAGGUCGCUAGACGACUUCAAAAUCCCAUUUUAGCAGGAACGCCAAAGGCAAUGAUGAACAUUGGUGAGGUUGUUACAAGACCACACCACCCUCACCCUGCUGCUAUAUACUCAGGCUUUACGGAAUCUGAUAGAUUCCCAAAGGUCUUGCAAGGUCAAGAAAUAUGCCAGUUGAGAUCCCUCACAGCCAAAGGAGGUGAUCUUGAUUUUGGUGCUUGGAGAAACCCCAACAUGUAUCCAACACCACCUAGAGCCAACAAUAACAACUUCUUCACUCUGGCAACUACUGACAGUCUGAAUAGAAGUUUGUAUUUCCCUUAUGGAGAUGUCUGCAAAACUGUUCAAGAUCCUGGAGCUCGUCCUUACGUGACAAGAAACUUCCACUUCAAUGCAUCUCCCAUACAAGUCGACGUCGUAAAUGUUGGGGAUGAAGAAGUUGGGAAGAUAAAACUGCAACCACCAAGCGAGCAGCAUAACCCGAAGGUGAACCCAAACAAUGAGGCAUCUUUUGCUGGGAAUGCCACUGGAUGCAAGCUAUUCGGUUUCACGUUGACUGCUGCUGAAGUGUCAGCAGCAACAAGCUCACAAAACUCUGGUAAGAGGAGCUGUACUAAGGUAAGCUUACAUAAUUAUUAUAGAAACUAUAAGAUCAUGCUCAAACACCACUGGUUUUAGUUUUGCUUGACUGUCGUUUGAAUUUUUGAAACCCUGCCUUGGAAAGGUGCACAAGCAAGGCAGCUUGGUUGGUCGCGCUAUUGAUCUGUCGAGGCUGAAGAGCUACGACGACCUGUUGAUUGAGCUGGAGCGUCUGUUUAGUAUGGAGGGUCUGUUACGUGAUCCCAUGAAAGGGUGGAGGAUUUUGUACACCGACAGUGAGGAUGAUGUGAUGGUAGUUGGCGACGAUCCCUGGCACGAGUUCUGUACUGUGGUGACGAAAAUUCACAUCCACACUAAAGAAGAGGUGGAGAAGAUGACACUAGGAAUGAUGGGCGACGAUAACCGGAGCUGCUUGGAUCAAGGACCAGCAGUAAUGGAGGCAUCCAAGUCAUCGUCUGUUGGCCAGCCGGAUUCUUCUUCCACUGUAGCAAAAGCUUGAGAAGUCAAAAACAUGCACUAGGCUAUCUUGAGCUCUGGUUGUUUGUAUCUUUUUUUAGCAUCUACGAUGACACCUUAGAGGUUGUCUAGGAUGUUUGAAUAAGUGUAGUACUCGCAGGAUUAAACCUAAUUUUAAUGUUGUAAUAUGGGACGGGUCACGUUAUGGAUUUUUGGUACGUGAUCAAACAGUAGACGUUGCCUUGUCGGCAUUGAUGCUAAUUCUCUUCAGCCGUAUGAGCCAUUUCCUAAGUAACUUGCUAGAUUCCCUUCUGC